UGGAAGCGGCCAGCCCGAGCGGCGCGAGCCGGACGAGAAGCCGCGCUGCGGGGUCUGUAGGGCGGAGUCCCAGGGCAGUUCAUGCCCUCUCCCCUGACACCAGAGUGAAGUAGAACACUGUCAUCUACAAAGUCACCUCGUCCCUGUAGCCAUGAGGACGGACACGGCGACCUCGACCCAGGAGAGUGCCCCCGCGGCCAGUUGCAUCUUUAGUAUCCCGUGCGGUAGCCGGAAGCUGAUGGCCGUGGGGGUCUUGCUUGGCUGGCUUCUGGUCAUCCACCUUCUGGUCAACGUGUGGCUUCUGUGCCUUCUGUGCGCGUUGCUCAUGCUGCUGGGGGCAUGGCUAGGCUCCAGUGCCGUUGUAGGGGCUUCCGGACGGCUGCACCUGGAACGCUUCAUCCCGGUGGCCACCUGUCCUCCAUGCCCCGAGGCAGAAAGGCAACUGGAGCAGGAGAUCAACCGCACCAUCCAGAUGAUUAUUCGUGACUUUGUGUUAUCCUGGUAUCGAUCAGUGAGUCAGGAACCAGCCUUUGAGGAAGAGAUGGAGGCAGCCAUGAAAGGGUUGGUUCAGGAACUUCGGAGGAGGUUGGGCACAGUCAGCAGCCAUGCUCUUGCCCAGAGGGUCCUGACCCUCUGUGGUUGUCACCUGCAGAGCUAUAUUCGGGCAAAGGAGGCCACUGCAGGGAAACAGAACUGUCCAGUUCAGGCCUCUCAGCUGUGGGAGGCUUAUUGCCAGUGUACGGUUGCACACCCUGCUGUGCACAGCCCUAGUGCUGAAAUCACCUAUACACGUGGCAUUGUGAAUGUGUUCCUUCAAGGACUGGUGCCCAAGCCCCACUUGGAGACUAGGACUGGACGCCAUGUAGUGGUUGAACUCAUCACUUGCAAUGUAAUCUUACCACUGAUUAGCAAACUGUCAGAUCCUGACUGGAUCCACCUUGCACUCAUCAGUAUCUUUUCCAAGGCCAGAAGUGAUGCAACCCGGGUGGCUAAACCACUCUGUCCAGCUAGUGUUCCAGAACAGCCCUCAGUACCCACAUCUCUGCCUUUGACUGUUGAAGUAGAGAGUUUGCCAGUAGGAAGAGCCCCUUCUCCAGUAGUAGCCCCAGUCCUCCUAAACUGCAGUGCACCAGCCUGCUCUCCAGAAGUUGAAGAAGGCCAUGAAGCUGUAGAGGGAGAUUUGCCUGGGAUGCUUGAAGAAAGGAAAGCAGGAAACAACUCAGCCCAUUUUCUACAGCCAGAUAUUCGGGGGCCCCUGUUCUUAUGUGAAGACUCAGAGCUGGAGUCUCCACUGUCAGAACUGGGCAAAGAAACCAUCAUGCUCAUGACCCCUGGCAACUUCCUCUCUGACAGGAUCCAGGAUGCUCUGUGUGCACUAGAGGAUUCCCAGUCUCUGGAGCCUAAGGAUGGUGAGGGGUCUGAAAAUACAGAGGGUGAGGAGGUUUCAGGGUCAGAAAUAGAGACGGGCUUGCUGGUCUCCAUGCUCAGCUCCUGCCCUGAAAUUCAUAUUGACAAAGCAGACAAGGAGGUAGUGAAGGAAGAGAACAUCUCUCUUACAGCAUUGCUGGAGGAACCUGAAAAGAUCUGCCCCCAACGACCUUCAUGCUUAGAGAAGGAUCUCACCAAUGUGAGUUCCCUUGAUCCUACUCUGCCAGCAGUUCCGCUUUCCUCCUCUCCACCUGGUCCUCUCAGCUCAGCCACCUUCAGCUUUGAGCCCUUGAGCAGUCCAGAUGGCCCAGUUGUCAUCCAGAAUCUCCGUAUCACUGGCACAAUUACUGCUCGAGAGCAUAGUGGCACUGGAUUUCAUCCAUAUACGCUCUACACUGUGAAGUAUGAAACAGCUCUUAAUGGUGAGAAUAGCAGUGGCCUACAGCAGCUGGCCUACCAUACUGUGAACCGCCGCUACCGAGAGUUCUUGAACCUACAGACUCGUCUGGAGGAGAAACCAGAUCUUCGCAAGUUCAUCAAAAAUGUGAAGGGUCCUAAAAAGCUCUUUCCAGACCUUCCAUUUGGAAACAUGGAUAGUGAUAGAGUGGAAGCCCGGAAGAGCCUCCUAGAGUCCUUCCUGAAGCAACUCUGUGCCAUUCCUGAGAUUGCUAACAGUGAGGAGAUGCAGGAGUUCCUUGCUCUGAACACAGAUGCUCGCAUUGCCUUUGUUAAGAAACCAUUUAUGGUUUCUAGAAUAGACAAGAUGGUGAUGAGUGCUAUCAUGGAUACCUUGAAGACAGCAUUCCCUCGCUCUGAACCACAGAGUCCCACAGAGGAACUGAGUGAGGCUGAAAGUGAAAGCAAGCCUCAGACAGAAGGCAAGAAGGCUGGCAAGUCCAGACUGAGGUUCUCAUCCAGUAAAAUUGCUCCUGCACUGAGUAUGUCUGAGGCACAUGAUAGAGUUCUCUAUUGUUUUCAAGAAGGCAAUGUGGAGUCUCAGAUCCUGUCCAUGUCUGGGAUGGAGUCUUUUAUUGAAAAGCAGGCAAAAUUACUGGAAAUGCAACCAGCUGAAGCCUCAGAAAAAGAUCCUGAACAAAUCUCCAAAGGAUAUAUGGAUGGUUGUGUGUCAGAUCGAGCUGCGGUAGCCCCAGACCUGGACAACAGUGACUUGGGAACAGAGACUGAAUUAGCUGACACAGCCUUGGAUCUGAUCCUCUUGCUGAUGAUGGAGCAGUGGAAAUGGCUGUGUACUGGUAACAUGCAGAAAUUUCUUCACCUUAUUUUUGGGACCCUGGUUCAAAGAUGGCUAGAGGUACAAGUGGCUAAUUUAACCUGUCCCAAGCAUUGGGUACAGUACCUCCAGCUUCUCCGGGAAUCCAUCUGGCCUGGAGGAGUUUUGCCUAAGUUUCCACGGCCUGUAAGGACUCAGGAGCAGAAGGCGGCUACCAAGAAGCAGGCAUUGCAGAGCUUAAUGGACAUCCUGCCUGAUUUUUUAGUAGAGAUCCUGGGAACAAACAAGUGCUGGCUGAGCUGGAGUCUAGUCCUGGAGUCACUCCAGCAGCCCCUCAUCAACAGACAUUUAAUUUACUGCCUUGGAGACAUCAUCCUGGAAUUCUUGGAUCUCAGUGCCUCUGUAGAGGAGGCUGCCAGCUCUGCCUCGGAUACCCCAUGUAACCCCAAGAAGCUGGGUGUUUCCCCUUAGCGAGGAGUUACAAAUUCUUUAAAGAUUGGGAAAGGAGAGCUACUCAGCCACCCAGGGACCAGUUAGGACACCUGUGCCCUCUAGAGCCAGGCGAGCUUAGCAGACAUAGGUCUCAGUGGCUCGAUUUUCCACUAGUUUUACCCCUUUUGUAACAGGUGACAGGGAGAUAUACAUAUAUAUAUUCCAUUUGCUUGCACAUCCAUUUCCAUAGCUUUGUUGUGGCAUUUGGAUUGUUGCUGGUAAGUCCCAUUUGCUUGGGAAAGAAACUCUGAAGUAAUGAAGUAGCCUCUUUGCCUUCCUCCCACCAAGAUUGUCUGCAGUCUGACCCUGUGCAUAUGGAUACCUAAUCAUCCAGUAUAUACACUAUGGAUAGAACAGUAGGAAAAGUAUAGCCAGAUUUCCUUGGAGAUGAAAACAUUCUUCUGAACUCUCUUUUCCCACUUGGAAACUAGAAGCUCACUCUUGAAAGCCAGAUUCUGGCCCUGCCUACUUUCCCAACAAUUCCAGAAGAGAGAAGGAAAGUAUUUCUCAGGGGACUUCUCACUCAUUGGCCAUUUUCUAACACAGCAGCCUUGUAGAAGAUGCCAUGAAGGCUGUUCCCCUGGUUAGCUAUACUUUCCCUGUUCAGAAGGCUUCAAAGCAAACUGUCAAGCUUCUGGCAACUUUACCCCACCCUUUCCUGAGGAAUCACAGCAUGGAUUUUAUUUGCUAAUUCUCCUCCUAGCCCAUACCCAAGAGCUUGUGAGCUUUUGAUUUGUAACCUAUUUUCAACAAAAUCCCAUGGCAAGCUAUAUAUUCAACUUCAGUAUUUCAAAAGAGAAAGUAGAGUGCUUGCUCCAUGGCUGAGAAUAUAAAAGGAAUAGAAUAUGGGAGGUCUGUUCUCAAGUCUUGGGCAGGAAACAUUUAUUAUGAACAGGUAUUAGUUGACUUGCAAGAAAUGGAUUUUACUUCCUGUUCCUUUGGACUAAAUUACUCCUUAAGAAGAAAGGAAAGGCACUCCACCAGACAGCAGAAUCCACUGCAAAUUAUAAAUAGACAUCUCCAAGGUACCAUCAGAAGACCAUGGCUGCCACUUCACCCUGUUAGCAUAUCUUAUUGUCCCUGCUUUCUCUGAACUACAAAGUCACUUGGAAGAGGGUCUGAAAUGAAAUUGAUGAGAAUGUGCUGAAGCAUUAAAACUUUGAAGUGGGUGAUGAGCACACAAUUAAAGUUAUUCAUAGAAAAAACUGUGAAAUCAUGUUAUUCCCCCACCCCUGGAAACUCAACUGUAAAUUAUGUUCUGAUGUAACUGGAAGGCUUAGGUGUGCUAUUCUUGCCAAAAAGUAACAAGGUGAAUGAGAUGAUGUCUCACAGCCCCUUUUGGCCUUAAAAGCUGACUGGAUGGUUCCAGAGUUUUUAAAACAUCUCCCACACUAGGCCUUCAUCGGCAGUAGUAGUUCAGCAUGCUGCCUUCUAAGUGCCUGCAGGAGGAUGGUUCCAACUGGACACCUUAGAAACUGACCCACUGGGUCUUGCGCUGAGGACUGUUCUGUUGUGGUUGGCAGAGGUGGGCAGUGCUGAUUUCUGCUGCUCCUCAAGUGUAUCAAACCACCAGUGUGACUGAAUCUGAUAUCAGUUAUGGCAUGGAUGACCUGACACACCUUGAGAUCCCUGUGGCAAUAAAUUCUAAAGAA